AUGGACGGCAUUCUUUCAGGCUUAAACAUUACGUGCAAUGAGGCAGCGCUGUCGCUCAUCGAGAUGGCGCGUAGCAACGGACUGCUGUUCAGUAGCAGUGAUUUACCAGCAACAAGCGACCACACCACCGAGCACAGCCAUCAUUAUCACGUCUGCGGCUCGUCCUUUGAUGUGGCGCCGCACUUUGAGGUUCUGAGCGCGAUUGGGCAUGGCACGUAUGGUUUGGUGUGCGCUGCUGUGGACCUGCGCCUUGUUCCAUCCAGCGUCUACUAUAACGAGGCGAUGCGCACCAUUGAGGAGGAAGGCCGCAUUGUUACGCGACGACGUCGUGGCCACGACGCUCCCAUAUACUUUCGUACGCGUGUUGUGCUGGGCGAGACACCGAGUGGUAGUCCAGUGCGCGUUCCGCACUUGUACUCGGAACCGUUUAAGCGCCGUGUGCUAGCCCAUGGGGAGGUGUCACCGUUUGUGGCGAUCAAGAAGGUGGCGAAGGUUUUCGACGAUCUCGUGGACGGGCGCCGUAUCCUGAGAGAGGUGAAGUUGCUGAAGUACCUGCAGGGACAUCCGAACAUUCUGCGGUUGAUGGAAGUUGGGCGGCCUCCCGUCUCUACGGGGGCCCCGUCGUCCGCCACGUUCGAAGACAUCUAUAUUGUGACUGACCUCAUGGACACAGACCUAGCUGCCCUGCUGAAGUCUUCGCAGGAGAUUCAGAUGAAUCAGCUCCGCUUUAUCGCCUAUCAGCUUUUCAAGGCGCUGGUGUACGUGCACAGCAGUGGCGUCAUCCAUCGUGACCUGAAGCCGUGUAAUAUCUUGCUUAACGGCAACUGCGACAUGAAGCUGUGCGACUUUGGUCUCUCUCGUGGCGGUGUUCCUGCUUGGUUGCAUGAAAGCACUCUCAAGGCGGUCGCGGCCGAUGCUGAGUCAAGCAUCGAAGAGCUUGAAGACUGGGGUCGAUUCUGUUGGUCAUCUUCCGCUGCCCGUAGUACAUCAUGCGCUUCUCACGUGGCCAAGCAACCCCCGCUCUACAGCCUCACCGACUAUGUUGUCACGCGUUACUACCGAGCACCCGAACUGCUCGUAAUGGGGCGCUACAACCACGCAAUCGACAUGUGGUCUGCCGGUUGUAUCCUAGCCGAGAUGCUGCUACGCCGCCCUUUGUUUGCCGGUGCAAACUACCUUUCCCAGCUGACGUUGAUUCUGGAGACUCCGGGGCUACGCGACGUGCCGCAGACCCCGGAGCAGGUCGCCACGCUUUUCGAGGGUGGCGAGGAGGGCAAGCACUUUAUCUGCGACAUUCUUUUUCACAACACUGCCGGAAGAUGGGAACCGCGAACACUGCGCAACCAGGUGCAGUCACAGGCCAUGUUCCACACCACCCUCUUUGGCUCCAGCGCUGACAUUCCCGUUAGUCUCGGCAUCUUGAUUGCCAAGCUGCUUUCCUUUGAUCCCAGAAAGCGGCCUACCGCUGUGGAGGCGCUGCGCGAUCCAUUUUUUAGCCCACUCUAUGACGCCAGAGAUGAAAUUGUGCGCUGCACUGCAUCCGACUCGGGCUUUGCACGAGAGGAAAUCGACGACAUCGCUGCCUACAAGAAAACUCACCCAUGCGUUGUGGUGGACGAGAACCCGGUAUUCCCGUGGGAGUUCGACCACCGCAUUACCAAUGCACAGUCAUUGCGCAGCCUCUUCGAGGAGGAGUGUCAGAUCUCGCGUGAUGUGCAGCGGCAGAUUGAACGGCAGCAGCGUCCGCUUUCGGCUCCUACGGCGUGCAGUUUAGUACCGUAA